UCUGAUGACCUAAUUAGCAUGGGAUCCAAAAACAUUGGUAUUUUAAAGAAGAUUGACAUUCCUUCUGUCUUUAUUGAUGAGAUAUCAGCUAAUUCACUUAAAGAUGAAUUCACAUAUGAAAAAGGAGGCCAUAUUGUUUUGGUUCCAGAGUUUAGCCUUCCUCUAGAAUACUACCGAAUACCAUUCCUCAUCAUAGUGGGAGUAUGUCUCAUCUUGAUUGUCAUCUUCACGAUCACAAAAUUUGUACAAGACAGACAUAGAGCUAGAAGGAAUCGACUUUGUAAAGAUCAACUUAAAAAGCUCCCUAUACAUAAAUUCAAGAAAGGAGAGGAAUAUGAUGUAUGUGCCAUUUGCCUGGAUGAAUAUGAAGAUGGAGACAAACUCAGAAUCCUUCCUUGUUCCCAUGCAUAUCACUGCAAGUGUGUGGAUCCUUGGCUAAUUAAGACCAAAAAACGACCAGUAUGUAAACAGAAAGUUGUUCCUUCACAAGGAGAUUCAGACUCUGACACGGAUAGUAGUCAAGAAGAGAAUGAAGUCUCAGAACACACCCUUUUACUUAGACCUUUAGUGUCGGUUAAAGCCCAGUCAUUUGGGGCUUUAUCAGAAUCUCAUUCCCAUCAGAAUAUGACAGAAUCUUCAGACUACAAGGAGGAGAAUGACAAUGAAAAUAUUGAUAGUAGUGAUGCUGAAAAUGAAGUGAAUCAAGAGAGUAUAGUUGUUCAACUGCAACCCAAUGGUGAAAGGGAUUAUAAUAUAGCAAAUACGGUUUGAAGUUCCAAGUCUAUUCAUCUUCAUACCUUGUAUGAAA